AUGCCGCGCGAGGCGAUAAAGUGUUUCGACUGCAACAGCGCGAACAACUCUGCCUGCCUCGACUUGCGUACGCCCAAGAUGCACGCCAUCGUGCCGGUAGUCGACUGCGAGAGGAAUUUACCUAACGCCAUCAGCCAAGACUUCUUCUGCAGGAAGAUCACACAGACUAUUCUCCACCCUGAGAAAUCACCGGAAGUGCGUGUGACCCGCGGCUGUGGCUGGGUCAAGCACAAAAGGCAGUGUUACAAUGCUGACAACAAGGAUCACCUUGAGACCGUCUGCCAGUGCUUCGGGGACAUGUGCAAUGGUGCUUCGGUCUUGAAACACGUUCAGACAACAGUUUUAGGAGUUCUAAGUUCCUUGCUACUUGUUUACAGAAACUGGCGGGAAAAAUUCUACAUAAGCACCACGACUCAGAGGUGCGUGUGGUACGCGGCUGCGGCUGGGUGCGCCACCAUCGCGACUGCUACAAGGCCGACAACGAAGACCACCUCGAGACCGUCUGCCAAUGCUUCUCCGACGACUGCAACUCAGCGCACGCACAUCACUACGCCGCCCCCAUGCUACUCUCUGCAUUGGUCGUCGUCACGAUUAAAACCUUCUUUUUAGGCUAAUAAAGAUAUUUCGGUUG